UCGCAGUUUUGAGUUUUGUUUCUUUUUAACAGUCGCGGAUGCGCGACAUUCGUUCGCACGUGGCAUCGCAAGGACGCACGCUUCCGCACAAAACACGCGCUUCCGCGACGACGACGACGACGACAGGACGCUGCGCACCCCUUUCGAGCGCCUGCCAUGCAACGAGACGAUAUCAGGCCAAUAUUUGUCUCUCUUCAUCUUUCGUUCGAGUAAAACUUUAUUGUGCAAGACACAACCCCCUUGUUUUCCGAAUCGCUAGAAGAAUUGUCAAACGUCGUCUAAUAACGCUGAGAUAAUUCUGUUAAUAAUAAAAAAGUAUUCAAAUAGGAGGAAGAAAAAAACGAAAAGAAAAGAUGGAAUUAAUGCAUUCAAGAUGGGGAAUAUGUAUGAUUCUCUUUUUGAGUCUGAUAACAGUGAUGGAAGUCUGCGGAAAGAGACCGGAUAUUAUCCUUGGGGAAGUCCUCGUGAAAUCUUUCGUACCCGCAGAUUCCGCCUCACCGAAAUGCAUCCACGAUAGCCAAAUUUAUCUCAAUGCACUUGAAAAAUAUACACCAUGGGCACUUCAAAUGUACGACGCUUCGGCUAAAAUACCAUCCGGCAUAAUCACUGGCAAUUAUAUACAGCUGGGCAAUUUCGACGAAUGCUUACUCGUGAAGAAUGAACAUGGCUUCGUCGGGCAAGCUUGCAACGUGGCGGUGACAUUCGAGAUAGCCGCGGAUGACGGUGCGCCAAGACAAGAGUUGGACUUAGGAGAUUUACUCGUGAAUGUCGCGAUCGCAUCAAAUGCGACAAAAUGGAGGUCUGGUAUGACGGUCGAUUACACAUGGAUGUGGUGCGUUCCAUCCACGUGUAAUCAUACAGAAAUUCAGAAUGCUGUGGAGUUCGCACUUGAUUCACUGAAAGUAGAAGAGCGUGUAGACAUGAUUGUUAGAGUUUCUAAAGAAUCAUGUCAAACCUUAGAGAGCGUUAAUUCAACGUGGGAUUAUACUGAUUUCAGUUUUAUACUAGUCGUUGCAUUUAUCUUAAUUCUGGUUAUAGCCAGUACGACAUAUGACAUUGUGAAAUCGUAUUGGGACAUUACAUCGGAUUCAAAAGCUAUCUUUACGUCAUUUUCUUUGUAUACAAAUGGAAAGAAUUUGUUACGGACAGAUAGAAACCGAGAGUCUAUUAGCUGUCUAGAUGGUAUACGUUUUAUCUCCAUUUGUUGGAUAAUGUUUGGGCAUACAUAUUACAUGGCGGCAAUUGGUAUCAAAAUGAACCUUACGCAGAUUCGACAAAUGCAUCACUAUUGGAACAACAUGCUGGUACUCAACGGAAACAUCGUCACAGAUACUUUCUUUCUUCUGAGUGGCACUCUGCUUUCCUACACUGAAUUAUUGAAGAAGGAACGAGCCUCAAAAUGGCGUUUCGAUUGGAUAGGACUUUAUAUUCAUCGUUAUAUAAGAUUGACACCAGCCUAUGCGAUGAUGAUAGGCUUCUAUGCCACAUUGUUAUAUAAAAUCGGAACGGGACCGAUUUGGGACAAAUGUGUUAGUAACGAUACCAAUUUUUGCCGCAAGAAUUGGUAUCUAAAUCUUUUUUACAUUAACAAUUUCGUCAACGUGGCAGACAUGUGCAUGUCUCAAUCUUGGUAUCUUUCGGUUGAUAUGCAGCUUGUUUGGCUAUCGCCGCUUGUACUUUAUCCUAUACUGAAGUUCAGGAGCCUCUACCGCAACAUUAUUUUCAUUUUUUGCUUUCUUCUCUCGAUCUUAGUGCCGUUUGCUAUAACAUUUGCACAUCAGCUAACGGGUACAAUGCUUUACUACAAGAACCCAAUGGACGUAGCUCAAGUAUACUUAGAAAUUUAUACAAAAAUAUAUACUAGAUUUGGGUCUUAUAUCGUUGGAUUAGGCCUUGGAUAUAUCUUAUACAAGACACGAUCCAAAGUCAAGAUACCUGUUAAGUACGUGAUUUCUGGUUGGCUGAUUGCCAUUCUGAUCGGUUUUGCAGUCAUUUUCGGACCGCGUGGCAUGUAUUUUGACGAUCAUAUCUACAAUAAAUUGGAAGCAAGUUUUUAUGCAGGUUUCCAUCGACAGAGCUUCGCGUUAUCAGUCGCUUGGAUUAUUUUUUGCUGUGUGCACGGUUAUGCAGGUCCCGUGAAUCAUUUCCUCUCUUGGCGCGGAUGGAUACCGCUCAGCAAAUUGACUUACUGCGCUUAUUUGUGUCAUUAUAUUUUCCUAAUAUACGAUAACGGAAUCACUCGUACCGACGACAAUUUAACAACAAAAAAUGUGCUACGCACAUUUUUCACCAAUUUCAUGCUCACGAUGAUACUAUCAGUAUUAUGGAGCCUCUGUUUCGAAAUACCUUUUAUGAACAUGGAUCGUAUCCUUUACUCUGGCCGAAAACAUCAGAAUUACAAAUACAAGACGGAAUCCGAUAAGAAAAUCUGUGAAUCGAGCGAGCCUUCAUAUAUUAAUCAUGGUUUAGAGAACGAUAUUGUUAACAAAAAUCUUACAAAAAUCGCUGAUGAAAAUCGUGAGAAUAGUGUAGUUAGUGUAGUACAUGAAGAAGCAGAGACAAAUCACAGUAACACUAAAUGCGACGACGCACAGAAUGUGGAUAUUGACAAGAAAAAAUCCGAUCAUAUCAACAUUGAUUUUUACUGUAUUCAAGAUAAAGAUUCAAAUUCGAGUGAAAAAUAAUUAUUGUUAGUUAACAUCGACCUUGCUGAUGGCAUAAACUAAGUCAUUAUUUAAAAAAUAAAAAUUAUUAUAUGACAUGGUUUGUGUGUGAUAAAAGCUAUAAAUCAGAAAUAUCUAAUAUAUAACAAGAUAUAUUAUAUAACAAGAGAAAUAAAGUAUAAAAACAUAUAUAGGAUGUCAGGGCUAUGUUGACAAAAAAAGUUCUUGUAAUUUACUUCGAGA